GACGGUCCUCCCCACAUCCCCCCGGAUUACUAUAUCUAUUUUGAAACUUAUAUCACUUCACUCAAGCUUACUCUUACAUCACUUCUACAUCUCAUCGUCGACGACUUAUACGGACUUGAACAGGACACACAUAAGUACUUCAGCCAAGAUGGCACCAAGUAUACCAAUUCCCACCCAAGGUGGCAUGUUUCACACUUUCCAAGGAGUUACUCCUAGGAAACAAUCUACAGAUUCUACAGAGAGUGCCAAGACGAACGGCAACGGCACAGCCAAGCGUAUUACCACACCUCAUGCAUGCGCUGAAUGCAAACGCAGGAAGAUUCGAUGUGAUGGCCAACAGCCAUGCGGUCAGUGUCUUUCCAGCCGCGCUCCUAAGCGAUGCUUCUAUGACAAGCACCGCCAAAGAGUGAUCCCAUCGAGAAAAACUCUCGAGGCCCUGUCACAGUCUCUAGAGGAAUGCCGCUCGAUUCUCAAGCGACUUUUUCCCAACCAUGAGGUUCAGUCUCUUCUACCACUUCCUCGUCAGGAGCUACUCAACCUCCUCGACCGACCACAAGUAGAUACCACUACAGCACUUCCCUCGCCACCUCUACAUACUUCUCCCAUUCCUGGCGAUAUUGGAUCGCCUACUCUAUCCGGCUCUGAGCAGGGUCUUUCCAGCUUAGAGCAAAUACCGUCCCGAGACAUCGAAUGGGAUGAGGAACGACGAGGACGAGAUCCUAUCCCCGUUGAGGCCGACGACGUAAAUGCUCUCUCCCUGUCAGUUGAUCGCCAAGCUUCAUAUUUGGGCGCCUCGUCUAUUAAGGCGGCGCUUAUGGUGAUGCUAAAAGUACAACCCGGUCUCCGAAGCUCUCUUACCCCACCACUCAACAGCUGCGAAAUGGCACACAAUCUCCCGAUCAUGCGGCAAAAAGUCACAAAUCCCAAGGAACCUCAACGAGUACCAUGGUCAUGGAAGGGCCAAACACUCAUCGAUGCGUACUUCAAGCGAGUACACGUUUUCGUUCCUAUGCUAGAUGAGGCCUCUUUCCGAGCCGAUUAUCUUGAAGGACAACGAUUCGACGCUCCCUGGCUUGCGCUUCUUAACAUGGUUUUCGCUAUGGGAUGCAUCGCGGCUCUAAAAUCCGAUGAUUACAACCACUUAAAUUACUACAGCCGUGCUAUGGAAUACCUCCCUAUGGACUCUUUUGGUAGCAGCCACAUCGAAACCGUUCAGGCCCUUGCCCUGAUUGGUGGAUACUACCUACACUACAUUAACCGACCGAAUAUGGCUAACGCUGUCAUCGGUGCUGCUAUUAGAAUGGCCAGCGCUCUUGGCCUCCACCGCGAAAGCCUCGCCCAUGGUCCCGCUGGUACGAGCAAGGAGAUCGCUGCCGCAGAGACUAGGAGACGUACCUGGUGGAGCUUAUUCUGCCUCGACACUUGGGCCACUACUACCAUGGGCCGUCCCUCAUUCGGCCGCUGGGGUCCUGCCAUCAACAUCCGUCCCCCAGAGACCGGCGUCAACACUGGUCGCGAUUCCGCUCAACACGCUGGUAUCCUGCCACUGGUUGAGAACAUCAAAUUCUGCAAAAUUGCCACUGCUAUCCAAGACAUGCUCGCAAUUUCACCUUUACUCCGUGCCGAGGACCGAUGCAACCUAGAUGGUCAACUGGUCAAUUGGUUCAGCAGCCUACCUUGGCUCCUACGCACUAGCGACCCCUGCGCCGAACCCCUCUACAUCGCCCGCUGCAUCAUGAAGUGGCGAUACCAAAACCUGCGUAUGCUUCUGCACCGCCCCGUCCUCCUAAACCUAGCCAGCAGCGGCGCCUCCCACGCAGCCGAGCACGAUAUCGCGGCUAUCGAAGCCUGCCGCGACCUAGCUAAGCAGACUAUUGAGGAUAUUUCGCGCGAGUGGUCGCGCAACCAAAUGUCUGGCUGGAACGCAGUUUGGUUCCUAUACCAAGCCGCCAUGAUCCCGCUUGUCUCUAUCUUCUGGCAAUGGGACAGCCCGCGCGUGCCUGACUGGCAGAAGCAGAUUGAGACUAUUCUUGAAUUGCUUGAGGCUAUGGAAGAUUGGUCACUAGCUGCACGCCGCUCGCGCGAGGUUGUCUGGCGCAUGUACGAGGCUUCCCGCCAACUCGAGCCUACCCUGUUACGACAACAGCAACAGCAAAGCCCGAUGCAAAGGCUACAAGUCGUAACCACAGAGCACGGUGGCGUUAUGAACCCCCUUGGUGAUGGUUCCGAGUUACACAUGUCACCUAUUGGCCUCGAACCCGAGGGUUAUGGCGGCAUGAUGGGUAUGCUAGACCAGCAUGGCCUCUGGGAUCUCGACGGCAUGCUCUGGGGCGCGCCUGAUGAGAUGGAGUGGGCGCAGCAGCACUUCGGCAAUAACGCUGGGCCUGGAAAUAUGCAUGAUGGUACGCCUGGCGGAAGCUGUGGCGGCCUCAUGGGCCAGCUUGGCGCUUACGGGAUUGAUAGCUCGGCGUUUUCUUUCGUUCACUGAUUACUUUACUCUUUUGGGGGUGAUUAUGUCAAGUCAUGUUAUGUUACGUUGUUGUUGUUGUUGUGUACCUAUAUGUGUGUUGUGUAUGAACAGACAGAUACGCAUGGCUACGCGGCUAUACUACUUGUUACGAUGAUAUUUCUGAUUUUUUUUUUAUUUCGGUUCUUUGCGUCUUAGGGAUCUACGGGAUGAAGAACGAAGAGAAGAAGAAAAAAAUCAUUUUUUUCUGAUCACCUUUUUUUUUUACUUGGGUGGUGGUGUUUUUUUCCGCAUUUGUUCUCUUCUUUUUUUAGGGGUCCAUGAUCGUCG